AGAUACUUUUAUGAUUGUUAGAUACACCUCUAUUAGAGAUAUUUCUAUAUAGUUAAAAAAUAUCAAAUUCUUAAAAUUCCCCAUGGGACCUUUGGAGUUUUUGGGACGUCCCUGAGUUUUCUUUUCGUCACAUGUAAGUUUGUACGAUAACUAUUAUGGCGGAUUGUAUCGAAUGCAUAGAUGUGUGAUACAUGUAAAUAAAUAAAUGCUGAAGAUCGUGUAAUUAAAAUUAGUGAACAUACAAAAGUGCACAUUUUAUUCGGAUAAUUUAUCGAAAAGAUUUAAUUAGCAAACAUUGGUUGAAGAAACUAAGAAAGAUACUUGUUGCUUCAAAACGUACUCCGAUAAUGUCAACAUUUUUACAAUUUAACUGUCUCAUACAUGAUGAAGUUGCCAGAAAAGCGAUAGAAAAUUACAUGGGAAUUUUACAGGAAGCAUUCCAACAGUAUCAAAAUUUAUGGGAAAAAUACAUAAAGUUGCAAGAGAAAUAUGAACAAUGCAAUGUACACUCUUCAUUCCAAGUGACUGAUAACCCUUGCACAGAAAUAAAAGACGAACUAUUAACGCCUCAAAGACAGUUGAACGAUGACAUUAUCGCACAAGAAGAAAAGACUUCAUUGUUGGAAUUAGAUACACUAAAUGUAGACUCUGUUAAUUUUAAAUCUAAUAUUGAAGCUGAUUCUUCUCUAUGUUCGAAAGAAUCUUCGUGUGAAGAUACCGACAAUGAAAGCCCAUCAAAGAGCCCAGUAUUCUCCAGAAAGUGUCCAAGAAUUGGCAGUAUUUCCGUAAAGAAGUUCGCACGUUCGCCUAAACCAGCAUCGAUAUAUAAUAAUUUAAUGUCAGACAUGAACAUACAUAGUAGCUCUAAAAAGGUUCCUUCAAAAUAUAAUAAGAAAUUAGAGAUUAGUACAUCACAGCAUGUGGAAACUACAUUUUUGCCGGAUGGAAGAAGAUUAAAGCAAUCUCGACUUGUAUUUCAUCCAAUCAAGUGUAACGAAGAGACAGAACCACUAAAUGUACAGAAACAUAAGCCAGACAGUAUAUUGUCCAAAAUAGAACAAAAAUCUAUAGAAGACAUUUCUGUAAUAAAAGCAUUUAUAGCUACAGAAAAUAAUAUCACAGAUACCAAUGAGAUUUUUGAUGAUGUAACAAAGAUCAGUCCUACACAGAAAAAUAUCACUUCUAAGAUUAUGAAAAAUAAUGUAGCAGAUACUAAUGAAACUUUUGAGGAUAUAAUAGAGAUUAGCCCUACACAAAGAAACAUCACAUUUAACAAUAAGAUUACGCACCGUUUAAGACUCAAGAGAAAAACUUCUGCAAUAAAAAAUUCUUCAAGUAAAUAUAAAUGUCACAAUCCUGUUUCUAGCAUUGCACCAAAGAUAAUGAUAGAUGCUAUAGAUUUUGCAUUAUGUUCUUCACCUGAACAUACUCUUAUAGAAAUAAAUGAUAACCCGAAAUUGAUUGGAAACACAUCUAAUACUGUAGUUAAUACACGGAAAGAUAAAAGUAAUGUAAGUAAUCUUUCACCAAUAAAAAUGUGUAAUGAAACCAAUGUUCAAAUUAAAAAGGAAGAUGAAUCGAUAAUAAAAGUACAAAAUAUUGCUGAAAAGAAAAAUGCCUUUAUCUAUGAAGAUGAGAACUUUUGUCUAUCUGCCAAGCUAGCUAUAAACAAAAAUGAUACGGAUGAUUUCAGUUUGUAUGAUAUAGAGAACAAGCCACCUGGGAAAAAAGCACUAUUAGCUAAGUUUGACGUAUUGCCAACAAAAAAGGAGAAUUCAGAGCAGAUUAACAUGCGAUGCAAAGCUGACAGAGCAAGGCUGAAUGGCUGGGAUUGUUGGGAAUGUGAAGAAUAUUACAAGAAUUUGUUGCUAUCAAAGGAUGAAUUGCAGAAGCGAAAGAAUCAGUGCUCGCGGCAUCGACAUAAAUACGAGAGACCGAAUACACCAGAAGGAUUUUGGGAUCCAGAAUUUCCUGAGACACUAUCAAGCACAUAUCGGCGAAAUAAAAUCUGAUAUAUCAUCAUUUAAAUUUCUAUUAAGUCACUCGUAAAUAUGAAUAUAUGCACAUUGAAUAUUGAUUGCAAAGCAAUGCAUAUUAUAUAUCAUUAAUCAGAUAAUAGGUUUCUUGAGAAAGAAUGGAAAUAAAAAAAAUUCAUAAUA